ACCAGUAAUUAAGCAUGCGCGUUUUGGCGCGAUGUUACUAAGACAACUGGGGGCAAAACAAAAGGAGUCAAGUUACUCGCAGAUGGGCUGUUUUCAUAACAUUUCUGCAUGGUGUAACAUACAAAACAACGAUUGGAUUUGCCACAACUCUAUGAAAUUAUGGCUGCAAUGAGCCAGCGACACAACAUGACCCACAAACAGCAGCAAAGAUUGACAGCGGAAUUUCGACGACAGGAAGAGCAACGGCAGGACCAGACAAAAUGCAUCCGUAAGGAGAGACAGAUGCGAGCGGGUAUAAUGAGUGAGGAGAGAAUUGAAAAAAUGAGAUACCAACGCAAAGUCAACGAAGAGCUUUAUGAAAGACAAAUUGAGGAUGCUCUCAUCAAGGCAGAGGAGGAUAGAAUAUACAAGGAAAAGCAACUAGAACAAGAGGAGAGAAUGGCACAAGAACUAGCCCGCAUCAACUUGGAAAAACUUAGAGAUGAAAAAAUGAGGCAAUAUAUAAAAGAAAAUAGUGCUGAACUUCGUGAGUUAGAGUUAAAGCUCAAGUCUGCAUACCUGAACCGGGAGAGGGCAGCACAGAUUGCUGAAAAGGAGUCUAUGAGAUAUGAGACAGUGCGGCAGGAGGCAGAUAUUGCUCGUAAGCUGAAAAGUGAGCAUGAGCGGGCCUCCUUGGAGCAGGAGAAGCUGGAUCAGAAGCGCUAUGAAGAGGUUGUGCGUUACCAGCAAGAGCUGGAGCAACAGCUUGAGGAGAAAGAGCGCAAAAGACAGGAUGCUUAUGAGGAAUUCCUCAAGGAGAAACUCAUGGUUGAUGAAAUUGUCAGGAAAAUCUAUGAGGAAGAUCAAAUGGAGCGGCAGUUGAGAAUGGAGAAGAUAACAGCCACUCAACGGUACAUAGAGGAGUUUAAGAGCCAGCAGGCUGAAUGGAGACGGAUGGAGCGGGAGAAGAUGGAGGCUGAGAACAGACGGAUCUUGGAAUUUGCCAGUUACCAGCAGCGUAAGGAGGAGGACAGAAUGGCAAAAGUCAGAGAACGAGAACAGGCCAAAGAACAUCUCCACCAGAUGCUCACUGAGAAGAUUGAAAUGGAGAGGCAGCAACGUGAUGAGAUGGAGCGUGUCCGUGAAGAGCUUUGUCUGGAGGAGCAAGCUGAGGCUGCAAGGCAGAAACAAAUAGAACAGAUGGAGCAGAGAAUCAGACAGAGGUUGGAGUUGCAGCAAACCUGCCAAGAGCAACUGGCUUUCAAGGAACUGCGGAGGCAGGCUGAGAAGGAUGAGGAGGAUGUGUUCAGGAAGAUGAUGUUGGAGAAGUUUGCUGAAGAUGACAGAAUAGAGCAGAUGAAUGCCCAGAAACGUCGAAUGAAGCAGCUUGAGCAUAAGAGGGCUGUGGAGAAAUUGCUGGAGGACAGAAGACAGCAGUACCUGGCUGACAAGGAACGUGAGGCGGAAGAUAGGGCAAUUGAACGUGAGAGGGAGGCACUGCAUCGACAGAUCAUUGAGGAAGAGAGACAAAGACUUCUAAAACUGCAUGCCACAAAACUGCUGGGCUAUCUACCUAAGGGCAUAUUCAGAGAAGAUGACCUUGAACACUUUGAUGAGGACUUCAGAAGCAAUUUCCAAAAGCGACAGUCUGACAUUUUUGGCGAACAGGGCUUGGGAGAUAACGAAUGAUACUUUUCUAUACUA